AUGAUAUUUACUAAUUAAUUUUUUCAUUAAUCAUAAAUUUUUGGUUCUCAUGAUGAUUCUGAAUAUAUUGAACAGAAAAAGUCUGAAAAAGAUAGUAAGGAACAUAAAAAUUAAUUAAUUAUUAUAUUAAAAUUAAAUAUAAAUAUUUUAUUUAAACUAUAUUAAAAAUAUACAAAAAAAUUUUCAAAAGUUAUAAUUACUUAUAUUAUAUAAAAUAAAGAUAUUGGACUAAAAAUAAUGAAUGAUGAAUAAUUUGAAGAAUUUGUAAACAUAUUAAAAGAUAAAAAAAUAUUAAAUCACAAAAUAUUAAAUAACUUAAAGAUUUUUGGGUUAAAAAAAUGA